AUGAAGUACUUGGCUGCUUACUUGCUUUUGGUCAACGCCGGCAACACUGCCCCCACCGUGGCUGACGUCACCAAGGUGCUCGAAUCGAUCGGCGCCGAAGUCGAAGAAGACAAGGUCAACAAGGUUGUUGAAGAACUCAACGGCAAGGACAUCAAGGAAUUGAUUGCCGAAGGUACCGAAAAGCUCUCGUCGGUCCCUACCGGUGGUGCUGCCCCCGCCGCCGGCGGUGCUGCCGCCGCUGGUGGUGACGCUGCUGCCGCUGAAGAAAAGGAAGAAGAAGCCGCUGAAGAAUCCGACGACGACAUGGGCUUCGGUUUGUUCGACUAA